UCUCUCUCUCUCUCUCUCUCUCUCUCUCUCUCUCCUUCCCUCCUACUUUCCACCCUGGAGUGUGAGAGCGCUGAGAUUCAGAAGGUGCGCCUCAGACCCACUUUUAGUCAGCCUGAAGACGGCAUAGACGUUUCCCCCUACCUCUCUCUCUCUCUCUCUGUCCCUCUCUCAGUCUCUCUCUCUCACUCGCUCACUCUCUGCAGAAGCACUGGACUACAUUUCCUCCAGAGAGACAAAGAACAGAAAGAAAAAUACAAUUUGUUCCACCUGCAGUUUGUGAAAAUAUUUGUUUUUUUCUGUUGUUGUUGUAGUCCCCCCCCCUUCCUCUGCACAUGUAAACAAACUCAGCUUUAAAAGAGGCAUUGCUAAGGUAUUUUUCUUUUUUGAAAUUCCUUUUUGUUGCUUUGAUAUUGACUGAUCUGAUACCAUCCUAAUUUCUCCGGGAAACAUGCGUGGCUGAAGGAGGAGAGGAGCAAAAGGACCCACCUGAAAUUUACACCUCACUGACGCCCACACACAUCACAUUCCACCAUCUACUCUUCAACGCUCGGUUGAGAGAAACGCAAGGUGAAAGCAGUGGACACCUAUGCAGUGAAUGAAAGGAGACCAGGAAAGGCAACCACUUCACAGUAUUGAGACAGUUGCUAGCGGCUGAGCCUGGAGCCUGGGAGGCUGAUGAACAUGCUGUUGGCUCCUGUCUAUGUGCUGCUGCUGCUGGGGGGCCGCGUCCUUGGGGGAGGCUACCCCCCCAUGCCCCAGAUGAAGUACAUGCAGCCCAUGAUGAAAGGCCCCGUGGGACCCCCCUUCCGAGAGGGCAAAGGACAGUACCUCGACAUGCCACCCAUGAUGGACGUAAAGGGUGAGCCAGGGCCCCAAGGAAAACCUGGACCCAGAGGCCCACCUGGGCCAUCAGGACUUCCGGGAAAACCAGGACUGGGAAAACCAGGUCUCAAUGGCCAGCCUGGCCCUCAGGGGCCUCCAGGCUUUCCCGGCAUUGGGAAGCCCGGACUUCCAGGUCUCCCAGGAAAGGGGGGCAUGAAAGGGAUGCCCGGGAAUAAUGGCGAGGUUGGGCUCCGGGGUGAACCAGGUCCCAGAGGACUUCCAGGUCAACCAGGUCUCCCCGGGCCAGCUGGCCUGUCUCUGAAUGGCAAACCUGGGCUUCCCGGCGGGAGGGGCCAACCUGGGUCUCGUGGAGAACCAGGACAGAAAGGUGGACCUGGAUAUCCCGGGGAGCGUGGAAUCAAGGGGGAGAAUGGCAAUGGGAAGCCAGGGAUGCCAGGACCCGGGGGCCCCAUCGGGCUUAGGGGCCUUCCAGGGCCAGCUGGUAACCCGGGUGUGGGCAAACCAGGACUGAACGGGCUUCUUGGUCCGUCCGGGCCAAAAGGGGACCAGGGGCUCCCAGGAGGAAUAGGAGAGCCAGGUGAGGCCGGCAGUCCAGGGCUGCAAGGCCGGCCAGGACCCGUCGGAUUGGGCAAGCCUGGUAAUGAUGGAUUGCCUGGAGGACCAGGUCCACUUGGGCCUAAAGGUGAGCCAGGGCUGAGGGGUUCUCCAGGGUUUCCUGGAACUCCUGGCUAUGGCAAACCUGGUCUAUCUGGGCUGAAGGGAGACAAGGGCCUCUCCGGGGGACCAGGAGUCCCUGGGGAUAAGGGGGAGCCUGGGAUGGAGGGGCAGCCAGGAGACAUGGGUCUAGACGGACACCCAGGAACACCAGGAUUACAGGGCCCCAUGGGGCUCCCAGGAAAACACGGCAUGCCCGGUCUGAAGGGAGAGUUGGGUCCCCAGGGUCAUCCAGGUCUGCCAGGGAUCAGAGGGGAUCAGGGUCCCGGUGGUCUGUCUGGAAUACCUGGCAUUCCUGGAGAUAAAGGCCCACCGGGCCCUAACGGGGCUAUCGGAAAACCAGGGCCCAAAGGCGAGUCAGGGCACAUAGGCCUGCCUGGAAACCCAGGUCUUAUAGGCAAUCCUGGACCAAAGGGGGAGUUUGGGUUUGUUGGGUCUCCAGGACCAAGAGGCCAGUCUGGUAUCCCCGGUCUUCAGGGGCCUUCAGGGCCAAUGGGGCCACAGGGUAUCCCAGGUCUGAAAGGCGAACCUGGGCUGCCUGGUCUUCCAGGGCUGGGCAUGCUCGGAGAAAAGGGAGUUCCUGGUCCUCAAGGUCCCCAAGGAAAACCAGGCAACUCUGGGCUCAACGGCAACCCAGGCCCACCUGGGCCACCCGGGCCCCCUGGCCCUGCAGGAAAUGGCCAAACCAUCGUGGCUGGGCUAACAGAUUCGGAGCUGGGCGGGGGCGAGGUACCAAAUGGGAGGAACCCAAAACCACAGUUUGGCCACGCAGAGCUCUCCGCCACCCUGGCACCAGCAUUUACCGCCAUCCUCACCACGCCCUUCCCUCCCUCCGGGAUGCCCAUCAAGUUCGACAGGACCCUGUACAACGGGCAGAAUGCCUACAACCCCAUCACCGGUAUCUUCACCAGCCCCAUGUCCGGCGUCUACUACUUUGCCUACCACAUGCACGUAAAGGGACUCAGUCUGUGGGUGGCGCUGUACAAGAACAAUGUUCCCGCCACAUACACCUACGAUGAGUACAAGAAGGGCUACAUGGACCAGGCGUCCGGUAGCGCCGUGCUUGAGCUGAAGGAGAACGACCAGGUGUGGAUGCAGAUGCCCUCGGAUCAGGCUAACGGGCUCUACUCCACCGAAUACAUCCACUCGUCCUUCUCAGGGUUCCUGCUCUGUCCCACAUAACGCCCUGCUAGUCAACUUUCUCCUAGGGUGCCCCCUAGUGCCCCCAUAUCAUAACACCUGCAGCCAUAACAGAAUAACACCACCUGUAGAAUGUUAUCAUCAACAACAUCAACAACGACAGAAAAUACUUUGUGAACGAAAGAUGGAAAGAGUUAAAAAGCAGGAGAAGGAUACUUCAUGCUGUGCUCUGUUUUUAUCUCUUUCUUUCAAAUGUCAUUUUUUUGUUAAUUUUUUUGUUGUUGCUUAUAUUAUUAUAAUUAUUGUUAUUGUCAUAAUUGUAUUAUUGUUAUUUUGGCGUCAGUAUUGCUGUUGUUUAUUGGAUUCAGACUAUUAAGUGCCUUACUUUGCAAUGCGUAAGUAACAGUUAUUAGACCUACCCAUGUGACUGCACAUCCUACCCAAAUGCUCUGAUCAGUAGGAUGACAUCGUCGGACCCUGGGGCUCCGAUUGGUUCCCCUGGCUGCAGUCACUUCCUGCACAAAAACCUCCCAUAUCCUCCUGUGUGCGUGUCCGCCAUUUUAUGUCAACAGCUUCCUUAUUUAAAUCAAUAUUUCACAUAAAGAUGUACCAUUACACAUACAGUAUGAACACUGUGUUCAAUAAACAAUCCCUUAUGUGAGAUAAUGUCCAAUAAUUUUCACUUUUUAUUUUUAAGAAGACCUGCUAUAGGGAUCGAUGGAUCGUUGUUUAUCAGUACGCUCUGAUGUUUUGACAGUCAACUUCCAGUUGAUAAUUUCCUGGUUCUACAAAAGAGGCCUGUGCUGAAAGGAUUGGUGCUGAUAAUAGAAGCUGAUGGUUUUGGAUCGUGGCUAUUACUUGAUCAAAAAUAAGUAAUUGGUGUAUCCAACUUGUGUAAGAUUCACACAAAUCAAAAGGACUUACAGAGAUAGUAAACCCCCCUUAGCAGUAUUAGAAAUCCAAAGGUAACCAUUUCCCCCCCUUUUUUCCCCUCUUUGACAAAGCAUCAAUAUAGAAACCAGUAACCUAAAUAAUUAUAAAUAUAUAGAACACAUUAAAUAGACAACUGAAUAAAUCUAUAAAUAAAUGUGUAAGUUAAUCAUUAUAUUAAUAAAUAAAUGUGUCAUCUGAACAGAAAUAAUGGACAGAAAGAAUAUGCCAAAUGCAUUAGGAUCAAUGCCAUGUUUCCCUGCAUCGAUCCAUUCUGUGGCUAUUCCCAUUAACCACGUGCACUGCAGCUCCCAUAUCACCCUUAUUACAUUCUCUAUGCCACACAUACAGUAUACCGAUGACAUCACUGCUUUUUGUGUCCACUAACGCCAAGGCUGUGACCGAGCAAUCAAUGCCCUUGUGCCUUUCACAUUAACAUUUAGAGUGAACAUUCUGAGCAAUAGCUCAUGUGAAAAGCCUCAUUUUGUCUACAAACUACAAAUCUUUCAGCAUUUCACACAGACAACUGGCUAGAGGCCAUCUAAACUGUUUCUACAGAAUAACCCUUUGAAGGUUCAGAUCAAACCCAAUGGGUGCAUAGCGUGCAGUUCAAAUUAUCUCCUAAAUCUUACACAGCCCUCCCAGUAUUAGGUGCUAUAGUGUUUAACUCAUUGUGUUGAUAGACGUACAGUAAUAAUUUCCAAUCCACCGUAAGCCUCAGCAUAACAAAGGUUAUCCAUUCAUUUUCCAUUUUAACAUACUGUACUUCGACAACCAAAAUGGUUUACCCAAUGCUCAGUUUGAUGGAACAUCUGAUGUUGCCACAGGAUAUUCUUAGCCAAAGUCUUCUGACAGAAUAUGAAAGAGGGUUCACUUUCAGAAAUGAACAUGCAUGGAUCUCCAUAAUAAUAGGUAAAGGGAGAGAGAGAGCGAGAGAGUGAGGCCCGGUGCUUGUGAAAUCCUGAUUGCAUAACAGUUAACAUGGCUCUGUUAUUCUGGGAGAAACGGUGGGACAUAUGUGAGAAUUGUGUUUGCCAUGUGAGUUCUACUGGUGCUGUGUGGGAUGAGGCAGUGGGGUGAGAUUGAUACACCACCAUGUGAGUGUUUCCGGCUGUAUUUCUUUCUCACUGUGUGUGUGUGUCUGUCUGUUUCACACACACCUUAACCCUUCACCUGGGUGAAUGAUGAACUGCAGAGACCAUGGACCAUGUUUUCUGAGUCGUUUGGGAACAUGCACUUCUAGUCAAUAUUCCACCACAGUUUUGAAUUGAAGAUUUGAUCCGGUUCAAAUAGGAUGUGUGUGUCUUCAUGAAGGUUAAGUAAAUGUAUGGCCCUUAUGGCUUGGGAAAUGUCGCAACAGAAGAGAGGAAUUCUGUUUGGUAGUAGUAGUGGGCUACAUACCCACUGGGCACAGACGUCAGUUCAAC